CCGUUCUUUCGUCCUGAAAUCCCCUUCCCCAAUUCUGUUCUCUUCCAAAUCAACUAAUGAUGCUCUCCCUCCUCCAAUCCAUCGUGCUGGGCCUGGCCACCACAACCCUCAUUCACGCCCACAGCCACAGCACUCUCGGGGCCGACUAUAUCAUCGACGUGCAUUCCCACGUCAUCCCGCCCGUCUGGAAGCAAGCCCUGAUCUCCGCUGGGUAUCCCCUCAAGAAUGGCACCUUAUAUGUAGACGACUUCCCCGUCCCCGACUGGACCCUGGACUCCCACCUCUCGACCAUGGACGCACGAGGCAUCAACUUCUCGACCGUCAGCGUCACAGCCCCGGGCAUUGCCUUCCUGCGCCAUGACGCCCCCGCCGCCAGCCAGCUCGCCCGACGCAUCAACCUGCAAAUGCACAAUUGGACGCAAACGCACCCAACCAGACUGGGGGCCCUGUGCCUCCUACCUUUGCCGCAUAUCAACGAAUCCCUCGCCGAACUCGAGCUACACAGUCUCGACCCGAUCUUCGCAGCCCUCAGCGCCCGCAACGCCACCGCCUUCGUCCACCCGGCGGCGCCCGCCUGCACCGCCGUCGCGCUGGGCUACCCCCUCCCGCUAACCGAAUACCCCUUCGACACCGUGCGCGCCAUGGAGAACCUGCUGCUGACCGGCCAGCGCGCCCGCUUCCCCACGGUGAACCUGAUCUUCGCGCACGGCGGUGGCGCAAUGCCCUACCUCGCCACGCGGAUCGCCGGUCUCGCCUCGAUGGAGUUCAUGGGCGGGCUGAGCGUGGCUGACUCGGUCGCCCAGCUGGCCGGGUAUUACUUCGAGACGGCGUCGGCAACGUCCGCGGUGCAGCUGGCUGCGCUGAAGAGUUUUCUGGGGACAGGAGAGGAUCUUGACGGGGACGGAUUUCUUUUGUUAUGGAUUGGAUCUUGA